UUAUUUUUUUCACUGGCUCUCGGAUCAGAUUAAAUCAAGCUCACGCUCGACUCUUCUCGAAGUGGUUGCUCAAAGUCAAGCACUCAAUCUCCAUUGCUAUCCCGUCGUCUGGGUUGACUGGUGCUAGCCAGCAAAAUGACCGGGGUCCUUGACUACCUCCAGUGUGCUCUGGGGAAGCUUCUAUAUCGCGUUCGUGGCCAUGAUUCGAAGCAGAUCAUCAGAAGUGCUGCUUUCAAAGACCUUCCCGAACCCAACAUGACCCUUGAAGCGCCAGAAUGUGGUCCCACCGGCUCAGUACUGCUUGAGUUCCAUACUUGUCUCGCCGAGGACAGCAAGGGUAGAUUCCCUGAGCUUCGCUGGACUCCUCCUCCUCAGGGUGACGUGAAGGAGUAUGUGCUGAUCUGCGAGGACAUUGACCUUCCAAUUCCACGUCUCGUGAUCCAUCAUGGCCUGUUCUACGGUAUCCCUCCCACAACCACCACCGCAACACAUGCCGACAUCAAACAGAAAAAAGACGCAGGAGAACGACUGACUCGCUCUAAUUGGAAGUAUGUUCCUAAUCUGACCGGCAAUUCUUAUAUUGGUCCUGCUCCACCUCUGGGUCACGGCUUGCACCGGUACAUUUUCACCACUAUCGCACUCAACGAGCCUCUCCAGUUCGACCAAGGAGAACAAGUCAACAAGCAAAUGAUCAAAGAGGCCAUGGUUGGCAAAGUCAUUGGCUGGGGUCAGUGGGUUGGACUUUGGGAGCGCCCUUGGCCCAAAUAAGCAUACGCCCAAGGUUCUUCAUCGAUCAUGACAAAUUUACGAGACUAUCAUACCCUCGAUUGGAGACAAGGAGAGACAGGGAAAGCAUGGGAAGGGUCACUGAAUUUUAUGAUGAGCAGGGAAGUAAUGAGGUUGAACCGGUAAACUGGUGGCUCCAUGGUCGAUAACCACGUCGUUUCAACUAGGUAUGCCAGUCAGAUUCCGCAAACGAGA